AGCAAUCUACUAUUUCAAAUGUGGGAGUCUAUCCGCGCGUGUUAGAGUGUAGUUACAUUGCCCUUCUCACGCGCAAGCGAACUGAGUUUUCUUCACAAAACCAAACAUUUGUUCGACACUUCCAAAGCUUUACUCUCGUAGCAGCAGCCGCUAUAACAAUUAUCUUCAUUCAUUCAUUCCAACAACUUCUACUAAAUCCUCAUUUUUCUCCUACAUUGCCGGUUUAGGGUUUCUUCUGCCACACCACACACAUUGAAGAUGGCAACAACAUCUAUUUCUAGCUUGCAAGUUGCAAUGUCAAGAUCAUGCAUUCCUUCAUCACAAAAGUUUGCCAAUGUGAGUAAUGUGGUUCUUGGUGCCAAGUCCAAGGCGGGAUCUUGGAAUAAACUUGCAAGUGCUUGUCAUGUUGCAUCAGUGCAGCCCUUCCAACGGAGCUUUACAUCAUCAUCUGUGAAAUCUGUCAAAAUUGCGACAAAAGCAAUGUCUGAGUCUAGCGAAACAAGUCCAAUUUCAGGAUUGCCAAUUAAUUUGAAAGGUAAAAGAGCGUUUAUUGCUGGUGUGGCUGAUGAUAAUGGAUACGGAUGGGCAAUUGCAAAAUCUCUUGCUGCAGCUGGAGCUGAAAUUCUUCUUGGCACAUGGGUUCCUGCUCUGAAUAUUUUCGAGUCCAGCUUACGACGUGGAAAAUUUGACGAAUCACGAGUAUUACCUGAUGGUUCGUUAAUGGAUAUUACCAAAGUUUAUCCUUUGGAUGCUGUUUUUGACAAUCUUGAGGAUGUUCCAGAAGAUAUAAAAACAAACAAGCGCUAUGCUGGAUCCAGCAAAUGGACAGUUCAGGAAGUUGCUGAAUCCGUUAAGGAAGACUUUGGCAGCAUAGACAUCCUUGUCCACUCUCUUGCCAAUGGACCAGAGGUGACCAAACCACUGCUGGAGACAUCUCGGAAAGGAUAUCUUGCUGCAAUAUCUGCAUCUAGUUACUCCUAUGUUUCUUUACUCAAGCAUUUUCUUCCAAUCAUUAACCCAGGUGGAUCUUCAAUUUCUCUCACAUACAUCGCAUCAGAGAGGAUCAUUCCUGGAUACGGUGGUGGCAUGAGUUCUGCAAAAGCUGCAUUAGAAAGUGAUACACGAGUGCUUGCUUUUGAAGCUGGUAGAAAGCGCAAAAUUAGAGUCAACACUAUAUCUGCUGGUCCACUAAGAAGUCGUGCUGCAAAAGCAAUUGGAUUCAUUGAUAUGAUGAUUGAUUACUCAAUAGCCAAUGCACCUCUACAGAAAGAGCUAUCAGCAGAGGAGGUGGGCAACGCAGCUGCUUUCUUAUCAUCACCUUUAGCAUCGGCUAUCACAGGUACCGUUCUAUAUGUUGACAAUGGUUUGAAUGCUAUGGGCGUUGGAGUUGACAGUCCUAUAUUUAGUGAUCUGGACAUUCCCAAGGAGCAGCAUUAAUUACCAAGUCUCACCCCAACUUAGACAGUGUAGUCUCCACUUAGAGUAUUUGCUUUGCUUUUUUGUAGGCUAUUUUUCUCAGAUUUUGUCUUGUAGACUUUAGACCUUUCUAUGUAUCUGUUAUAUGCUCAGAAGAGCAGGUCAUACAAUCGUGAAUGUAAUAAAAAUGUUAGAUCUAUGGUUUUAUGGUCUAGAUUGCAUGACCGCGGAGUCCAAAUUCUGUACAUUGCUUGAAGUUUGAAAGAAAUUAAUCCCUUAGUAGGGUGGGAGAGACUUUUCAUA